CUUAUUACAUCCGUUUCAAACAUGCUUUGGGGAUGAGGUUAUUCCGAAUCUUAACUAUUGACACAUAACAUCGAUAACUAAUUUGAUUAUGUAUGGGGAAACGUAUGUAACGUUGUAGUUUUUUUCGUCACGCAAAUUAAUUAUAAUCAUCAUCAUAAUCUUUUUGAAAGCAUCUUAUUUAAAUACUUAUUGAUUCCGAAAUUUUGUUUUCUUUAAGACAGUUUCCAGUAUAUUUAUAAUUUAACACAAACAAAAAUCUUGAGUAUGACAAAAGUUUAUACUAAGUGUAUCCUAGUUACCGGAGGUGCUGGUUUCAUCGGUUCAAACUUUUUGAAUCACUUUGUUAAGAACUAUCCAAACUACUACUUCAUUUGUAUAGACAAGUUAAGUUAUUCAAGUGAUAACUCAACCAAGAAUAUUAUUGAUAUCACAGAUGCAGAGAAUUUUAAAUUCAUAAAACUUGACUUGGCGGAAUCGUAUCUCGACUUAUUUCAAUUGUUGGUCACUGACUAUGAAAUCUAUCAGAUAACUGAUAUAAUCAACUUUGCAGCCGAAUCUUGUGUGGAUAAAUCAUUCGAGUCACCAUUGUAUUUUACUAAGAACAAUAUUUUAAGUACCCAAAAUUUAUUGGAAUGCUAUAGAUUGCUAAAGAAAUCUCGGCCUGAAGUUAAUAUAAACUUUUUACAUAUAUCGACUGAUGAAGUAUAUGGAGAUUCUGACAUUGAUGUCAAUGAACAAGGCAUUUUAAAUCCUACAAAUCCUUAUUCUGCAAGUAAAGCUGCAGUCGACCUCAUCAUUAACUCGUAUAGAUAUUCAUACAAACUUCCAAUUUGCAUUAUCAGACCGAACAAUAUUUACGGUCCAUAUCAAUAUCCUGAGAAAAUUAUAUCGAGAACUUUGCACUGUUUAAAACAUGGCAAAAAGAUACCAAUACAUGGGAGUGGCUCGAACAAGAGGAGAUAUCUCCAUGUAAAGGACUUCUUAAAUGGGUUACAAUUAAUUUGGGAAAACGGUAAUCUAGAUGAUUCAUAUAAUAUUGGAAAUGAUUUUGAAAUCAGCAACUACGCUGUGAUUAAAUUGAUUGGAGAAUUAUUUUUUGGGAAUAAAUCUGAAAUUGAUGAUAAAGUGGUAUUUGUGAAUGAUAGGGAAUAUAAUGAUUUACAAUACUCCAUCAACGAUGACAAGAUUAAACAGUUGGGCUGGAAGCCAGAAAUAGACUUUAGAAGUGGGAUAAAGGACUUAAUAGAUAAUUAUUAUCCCUAUUUAUAAUGUGUAUAU